AUUCAUGUAAAAAAAUAUGUCAUUUGUCCAUAUGAUGCCAUUUUUUUGCCAUCUAUAGUACAGUGCAAUGACCUGAUAUAGGAUGUUAAAAACAACCAACUAUGGAUAAAUCUCAAAUUCUGUUUUUGUACAUGUGAGCACUCGCAUAGUUGUAGUCAUUAAAAUGAGCCAACGUGUCACUCGGAAGAGUUGUUCAUCAUGGGCAAGAAGAGGAAGACAUCUUGUUUUCGUCCUAUCUGUGCUGUGGAGCCCGCGCCGUUCUUUUGACGUCAUUACGUCACAAAUAUCCGACCAACGACCAGCUUCCUCGUGACGUGAGUGGCCACUCUUGUUGAAUUUGGUGAUACCGAUUUGCUUCCCUCUUAUUAGAACACCGUGAAACAGGCUAACAAAUUAAGAAGCAUCGAAACAUGGUAGCCACAACUUGUGCGCAAGGCGGCUCGAGAUGCUCAAAACGCAACAGGAUGGCUGAACACUACAAUGGUGUUGUUUGACAAACCAUUCCCAACCCCCCACACCCCUCUCACGUCCAGCUGUUGAACUUUGUCUGUGAGCAGCGACUGAAGCAAAGGCAGAAAACACACGAAGCAAGGAGUAGUGAUGAGGAGUUCAGCAAACACGUUUGCAGACAUGACGAACAUACCAGAAUACUAUGCAGGGAAAAAUGUGCUGAUCACUGGAGCAACUGGCUUCAUGGGAAAGGUAAUGUUGGAGAAGCUGCUAAGGUCAUGCCCAGGAGUUAAUGCUGUCUAUGUGAUGGUCAGGUCAAAAGCUGGCCAGAGUCCUCAGGCCCGUAUUAGUGACAUGAUCAGCAGCAAGUUGUUUGAUAGGUUACAGAAUGAACAGCCAUGCUUUGCAGAGAAGAUCAUUGCAGUGAGCAGUGACCUCACAAAGCCAGAACUGGAUCUGAGUAAGGGGAAUCUGAGUUUACUAGCUGAAACCAUCAACAUUGUCUUCCAUUGUGCCGCCACCAUCCGCUUCAAUGAGCCAUUGAAAGAUGCAAUGCAGUUGAAUGUCUUGGCCACCCAGAAGAUGAUCGCUCUGGCUCAUAAGAUGAAGCAUCUAGAAAUCUUCAUCCAUGUAUCCACAGCCUAUGCCAACUGUGAUCGAGAGCUCAUUGAGGAAACGGUUUAUCCUCCCCCAGUGGAGUACGUCAAACUCAUUGAUGCACUGGAUUGGAUGGAUGAUGAACUGGUGUCUGCACUUACUCCCAAACUGAUUGGUCAGCGACCCAACACUUAUACCUACACAAAAGCAUUAGCUGAGUAUCUGGUGCAGCAGGAGGCUGCGGACCUCAAUGUUGCUAUUGUCAGACCCUCCAUAGUUGGUGCCAGCUGGAAAGAACCUUUUCCUGGUUGGAUUGAUAAUUUCAAUGGACCUAGUGGAAUAUUCAUUGCAGCAGGUAAAGGGAUCCUACGUACAAUGAGAGCCUCUAAUGACGCAGUAGCUGACUUGGUACCUGUAGAUGUCGUCAUCAAUGCCACACUGGCUGCAGCCUGGUACUCUGGAUCACAAAAAAAGAACAGGCCCAAAUCCAUUCUGGUUUACAACUGCACAACUGGUGGCAUCAACCCAUUUUGCUGGGGCGAAGUUGAAUACCAUGUAAUAUCUACUUUCAAGAGGAACCCUCUCGAGCAGGCUUUCCGUCGGCCCAAUGUUAAUCUCACAUCCAAUCACCUAAUCAAUCAGUACUGGAUCGCUGUGAGCCACAAGGCUCCAGCCUUCUUGUAUGAUGUGUACCUCAGGCUGAUUGGACGAGAACCCAGGAUGAUGAAGACAAUCACUCGCCUUCAUAAAGCCAUGAUGGUGCUGGAAUAUUUUACUAGUCACUCCUGGGUGUGGAGCACAGACAACGUAGCCAUGUUGAUGGCCCACAUGAGCCCUGAGGAUAAAAAGGUGUUUAAUUUCGACGUGCGUCAGCUGAACUGGGCAGAGUAUAUGGAAAAUUACUGCAUGGGCACUAAAAAAUAUGUCCUCAAUGAAGAGCUGUCGGGCCUGCCUGCUGCACGCAAGCACCUGAACAAGCUGAGGAAUAUCCGCUACACGUUUAACACCAUCCUUGUGGUGCUCAUCUGGCGCAUUUUCAUUGCCCGGUCUCAGAUGGCUAGAAACAUCUGGUACUUUGUAGUGAGCCUCUGCUUCAAGUUUCUCUCCUACUUCCGAGCCUCUUCCACCAUGAAAUAAUAAUCCAGAGUCCCAGUGGAGGGUGGCAAGAAAAUACUGGCUAUGGGUGUUCAAAGAAAUGUGCAAAUCUAUUCUAUCGGUUCUCUGUGUCCCCUGUACACUAGAAACAACUGGAGCCAUCAAAACAAUUAUAAACACAGAUUAAGUACCACUGGAGUCCGGAAUCCACAGCCUUAAAUGUUGCAAACCUUUUUUUAUAUUCUGAUCUCUGACAUUUCAUUAAAUUCACAUUGGAUAUUAGUCAAGCUUAUGGAAGAAUCUGAGUCAAAUGGGCCUGAUUUUGUUGUGCUUUUCAUGUUUCAUUCAUGUUUCAGAGAACUUGCUAGGCUCCCUUCCAACCAUGAAGAACACUGCUGGUUUGAGUCAGUCAUACUACACUGUCUUGUGUUACUUGAAGCAUUGUGUUUACCCUCCUACCGUGUGUGUUUGUGUGUGUGCACAUACUGUAUAUGUAUACAUAUAUGUAUAAAUACAGUAUGUAUACGGUUUACAUACUGUAGAUAUGCAUACGAUAUAUACAGUGGGUAUGGAAAGUAUUCAGACCCCCUUAAAUUGUUCACUGUGAUAUUGCAGCCAUUUGCUAAAAUAUUUUUUUCCCUUCCUUCCUCAAUGUACACAGAGCACCCCAUUUUGACAGGAAAAAAAAACAAUUGUUGAAAUUUUUGCAGAUUUAUUAAAAAAGAAAAACUGAACUAUCACACAGCCAUACGUAUUUAGACCCUUUACUGAGUAUUUAGUAGAAGCACCCUUUUGAGCUAAUACAGCCACGAGUCUUUUCGGGAAUGAUUUAAGUUUUUCACACCUGGAUUUGGGGAUCCUCUCCAGUUCUGUCAGGUUGGAUGGUGAACAUUGGUGGACAGCCAUUUUCAGGUCUCUCCAGAGAUGCUCAAUUGGGUUUAAGUCAGGGCUCUGGCUGGGCCAUUCAAGAACAGUAACGGAGUUGUUCUGAAGCCGCUCCUCCGUUAUUGUAGCUGUGUGCAUAGGGUCAUUGUCUUGUUGGAAGGUGAACCUUCGGCCCAGUCUGAGGUUCUGAGCACUCUGGAGAAGGUUUUCGUCCAGGAUAUCCCUGUACUUGGCUGCAUUCAUCUUUUCUUCAAUUGCAACCAGCCUCCCUGUCUCUGCAGCUGAAAAACACCCCCACAGCAUGAUGCUGCCACCACCAUGCUUCACUGUUGGGACUGUAUUGGACAGGUGAUGAGCAGUGCCUGGUUUUCUCCACACAUACCGCUUAAAAUUGAAGCCAAAAAAGUUAUAUCUUGGUCUCAUCUGACCAGAUAAUCUUAUUUCUCACCAUCUUGGAGUCCUUCGGGUGUUUUUUAGCAAACUCCAUGCGGGCUUUCAUGUGUCUUGCGCUGAGGAGAGGCUUCCGUCGGGCCACUCUGCCAUAAAGCCCCGACUGGUGGAGGGCUGCAGUGAUUGUUGACUUUCUAGAACUUUCUCCCAUCUCCCAACUGCAUCUCUGGAGCUCAGCCACAGUGAUCUUUGGGUUCUUCUUUACCUCUCUCAUGAAGGCUCUUCUCCCCCGAUGGCUCAGUUUGGCCGGACGGCCAGCUCUAGGAAGGGUUCUGGUCAUCCCAAACGUCUUCCAUUUAAGGAUUAUGGAGGCCACUGUGCUCUUAGGAACCUUAAGUGCAGCAGAAGUUACUUUGUAACCUUGGCCAAAUCUGUGCCUUGCCAUAAUUCUGUCUCUGAGCACUUCAAGCAGUUGGAGCCUAUCCCAGCUAUAAUCGGGCAGGAGGCGGGGUACACCCUGAACUGGUUGCCAGCCAAUCGCAGUUAUCUUACAGCACCUGGUAUUCCCAGGCGGUCUCCCAUCCAAGUACUAAACAGGCCCGCCCCUGCUUAGCUUCCGAGAUCGGGCGUUCUCAGGGUAGCAUGGCCGUAAGCCCUUCUAUAGACAGGUGUGUGUGGCUUUCCUAAUCAAGUCUAAUCAGUAUAAUCAAACACAGAUGGACUCCAAUGAAGGUGUAGAACUAUCUCAAGCAUGAUCAGAAGAAAUUGAAGUUAAUUGAGUGUCACAACAUAGGGUCUGAAUACUUAUGGCUGUGUGAUAUUUCAGUUUUUAUUUUUUAAUAAAUCUGCAAAAAUGUCAACAAUUCCAGUUUUUUUUCAGUCAAUAUGGGGUGCUGUGUGUACAUUGAUAAAAAAUGAACUUAAAUUAUUUUAGCAAAUGGCUGCAAUAUAACUGAAAAAUUAAAGGGGGUCUGAAUACUUUCCGUACCCACUGUACAUACUGUAAAUGUGUGUAUACAGUAUAUGUAUACGCUAUAAACAUAUUGAUUUGAGAUGCAGUUGGCCCACAAAUGCAGAAAAUGUAUACCUGUUGGCAAGUAGGCAGCAGUUUCACAUGUAAGUGUGAUUUACUGAAUCCAAUCAUUUUGAGAAAGCUUGUUUGGUCAGGAUAACCACCCACCUCCUCCCCCACUAAACAUGUUAAAACUAAAGUCAUGUGAUUGAUAUUAAUCACAAAUCUACAACUGCUGACAUAUCUGUUUUAAGGGUUGCUUCUAAGUGAUCUUUAAGCAACUGUUUCCAUUUUGAUCCCUUGUUUGCCAAAGGCCAGCCCCUCAGCUAUUUAUUGCUAGUCGCAAUGCAAGUUUGAUCAUGCACAAUGUACAGUAGUUACCAGUGCCUGUUGCUUGCUCACUAAGCUAUUUUUCUAUGUUGGUCAUUUGUGAUAAUUUUAAAGAUAUUUUUUUUCUUUCUAAUUACUAAUUAAAAUGAGUGUUUGUGUGAGGUUUUUGUAGAAGUUUUCAAAGCGCAAACCUCCUUUUUAAUCAUGUUAAGGGUGCGUUUACCUCCAUAAGGGCACUCUAACACUAAACCUUUGUAGAUCACCUGUUCUUCAGUUUUCCUGAACGGUUGGCACUUCAGAAGUAUAUCUGUAGUCUGUGUGCGUGUCUCCUAGUUUCCUAAGAACACUACAAUGUUUGAAGAAUCUGGGUGUGACUUUGCUGAUGUUUGCUCAUGUUUGUACUUCUCUAUGGCUUCGGCGACAACUUUCACACGUUCAUGUGUUGUCCUAUGAAUGUCUUGGAGUGAAAAAAAGUGAUUUGUUUUCGUCUAUUACUUCUACACUUUUGCGUUUAGUGCCUAAACAUUUUCAACUUUGUGAAAACAGAGGAGAGCUGUUAUCAAAAUAUUUUGUGACUUGCUCUAUAUAGGUAGAUUUCAAACUAAGUUGUAUUUUUGUAAUUAUAUUGUGAGGGUCUUUAACCUACCCAAAGCCUACUUAAACCAAUACUAUCUGCUUUAAAUCCUUUAGCAGAGAAAACAUGAAAGCUUUUGCAUUUCAAGUUUGUUGAUUUUUGUUUGAAUAUUAUUCUGUAUUUACAUGUUUUUUUUUCAUGUAACUAAAUAAGAUAGCCUGUCAGCUCCAACCAGUCUGUAAAUACAUGUUAUUUUAAGUCAAGUCUAAUGUAACCGUAUGUAAUCUGGGGGAAAUGAGAAAUGAAUUUGAGAAACUUUAUCCAUGUGAAGGUGUGAGUCCAGUUUUGUAGUGUGUGUGUGUGUGUGUGUGCGUGUGUGCGUGUGCGUGAGAGAGAGAGAGAAAUAAGAAUUUGCAUUUCGACUCCAGAUUUUUUUGUUUGGUGUUGUACUUGAAGUAAGAAAGAUGAACUGAAUAAUGUCAUCAAAUUGUUCAUUCAGUAGCAUUGCAGAACUAACCAAAGCAUCAUAUUGAUUUAGCAAGUAAUCUGGUAUAUGUUCUGAUCCAAAUCUGAUGAGAAAAUGAUACCAUAGGUCUAAAUGUUAAGAGCGCUUAUACAGCCAUCUUAUUUCUUGUUAAACUUUAUUGCGCAAAUUCCAAGAAAUAGAAUCCCAUUGGUAUCUAAAUUCAGAAAUUGACACAAUCGACAUAGUUUUGGUUUGGAAGAAUACAUCCCAGUAGAUAUUGGAUUGAUUUGCCAAAUGUUGGUCAAUCCUGUCUUAUUUGGAUCUGAUCUGACCAUUAACAGAUUUCAGGACCUUUUAAUACAAUGUACUUGGAAUAAUGAUGUCCCUGGAAAAUUAUUUACACGAGUUAUGUAUCUGCUGGCUAAUCAAUAUUCCAAGAGCCAGUGGGGUUUUCAGCCUGUUUCAAGUUCUUAUCCUCUGUUGAAGAUUUGUCAGGUACAUCCAACUGAUACAAAAUGCGGGGUUUGGUUUUUGACAUUCCUACUCCAACUAAUAUGGCAAACAAAUGUAUAUGCUGUUUAUCUGGAGUUUAUUUAUUAAGCAGAAACUACGAUAAGAUGCUUCGUAUUUCAUACAAUGUCAUUUUUGUUGGAACCUGACUGAUUAAUCGCUCCUAACUCAGUCACAGCUCCUGUAUUUGUGUAUUCACUGCAGAAUAAAUCAACUGGUGCCUAUUUUUUUUUUAACCAAAA